UUUCAAUGGAGCUCGGGAUUUGAAAUCCCGAGGCGGAAAACGAGUUCGCAAGAAAAUAACUUUUUUCCCGAGGUGUAAACCCAACCGCGGGAUUUUAUCUGGAAAACAAAAAAAAACUCUACACACAUUUUUUCCUGCGGGAACAAUUCAUCUGGAAUUGUUUCCGUACGGGUUUUCAAGUUUGAAUCGUGGUUCGCUAAGUUGGCAUGAAAGAAAAUUUAAAAAAUGUCUUCCGAAAAUAAAUAUAAUCAGGUUUUUCUGGAUGUGGACUAUUUAGAAGACUUCGGUGAUGAUGAUGUGCAAAAUUUUGAGCUAUACUCAGAAAUAGACGAAGAAUAUUCGCAAGAGUUGGAAGAACCCAGCGAAGAACCCCAGGGCAAGAAGAGAAAACGCGCAGCCAAAAAAAAAUCAAAACGUGACCAAGAAAUUGACAUUAAACUGUCUAUUUGCGAGGAAAUAAAAAAAUAUGCUUGCGUAUACCAGAUAACCAACAAAGAUUAUUCGAAUAAAAACGCCAAGGAUGCCGCUUGGCAUCAAAUAAGCUCGAAUGUGUCAGCCCGUAUGGGCAGAUCUGUCAAGGUGCACGAGUGCCGGAAGUACUGGGACGCAUUGAAAGAAUCGACCAGAAUUUAUUUGGAUAAGGAAAAAGUACGAAAAAUAUCCGAAAAAUCCGGUGCGCCGGCCGACAUGCUAGACAUGUAUACGGAAGACGGAUCGCAGCGUUUUGACAUUUACCAAGAGCGGUGGCCUUUGUCAGAUGCAAUGAGCUUCUUUUUACCCUCUUGUGCACGGACCGCGUACACAGUGUCAAUUGGAAAUCGUUCGGCAGCGACUGCACUUAAAAGACACGGAGAUGAGGAAGAGUGCUUGGAAGAGAGCUUCAUAGUUCCGGCGACACCAUCAACCUCUCGAAAACGUAUCCGUUCUAAUGAGCUUUUAGACGAAACGUUGUCUUCUGUGGCUACAUCUUUGUCUAAUUUGGUGAAUGCUCGAACAAAUGAAGAUCCUAUUGAACUUAAGUUCAAAGAGUUCCACGUGGAAUUGGACAAAACAUUGCGUAAAAUGCCAUUUUUGCAAGGAAUGCAAUUUUGUAUCGACAUGAUUAAGCAAGCUAACGAGGUUUUGGAAUGCUCGGAAAACUGAAUUGAAGGAUAGUUGAGCAUGUCAAUUUUGGCAAUUUAGCAUAGAUAAGUAAUUAUUUCAACAUUAAAAAUUACUAGCCACUCGGCAUACUUUCAAAAGUGCCUUUAAAUGUGCCGAAAUGUUCCGAAAUUAAAAUAAUGUUGUUUUUGGCUGCACUGGA